GAGGCCGUUUGGGUUAACUUCUCAUCAACCACUCAUCGCUACGUGACGUGGCCCGACCCCAGGCUAAAGUUAAAUCCAUCCUGUCCCUGCUUCCUCGGCCCCGGCUGAUACAGGAGCAGACAGCGGCAACUCGGCAGUGAAAGCACCGGCUGUCCCAUCCAGCAGCUCGGCCCAGACAUGAGGGAAAUCAUCCUGCCACGGCGCAUGUUCCUCUGGAGCAUGGCGGUCAUCUAUCUGGCUGCUUUUGUGUCCCUCUAUAUGCAGAUACCAGGUCUCUAUGGUAAUGAUGGGCUGUUGCCUGCUCGUUGGCAGCUGCGUUACAGCGGUAAGUCACUAGGGGAACAGCUGCUGUCCUCUCCCACCCUGCUGUGGCUGGGACCUCGGCUCGGCUUGGACACGCACACCGCUAUGGAGCUGCUGUGUCUCAUAGGUGCUGCCCUGAGCCUCGCUGCCACGCUGGUAGAGGCUCUGCGAGACAGCGUGGUGUUUUUCUGCCUGUGGGCCUUGUACCUGUCCAUGUACCAGGUGGGCCAGGUUUUUCUCUACUUCCAAUGGGACAACUUGCUUCUGGAGACAGGAUUCCUCUGUAUCCUUGUUGCUCCACUGACAUUAAUCCGCGGGUCACGAGGGGUAAGAGCGCAUGAUCGCGUGACCUUCUGGCUGAUCCGCUGGUUGCUCUUUAGGCUCAUGUUUGCCUCUGGUGUGGUAAAACUCACAUCUCGUUGUCCCACAUGGUGGGGCCUUACAGCUCUGACGUAUCACUAUGAGACUCAGUGUAUCCCCACCCCGCUGGCCUGGUUUGCCCUACAGUUGCCGGUGUGGUGGCAUAAGUUCAGUGUGGUGGGGACCUUCAUAAUAGAGAUCGCUGCACCCCUGCUUUUCUUUAGCCCACUGCGCAGACUCCGGCUUGGGGCUUUUUACUUGCAGGUUUUGCUUCAAGUGCUCAUCAUUUUGACUGGCAACUACAAUUUCUUCAACCUGCUGACUUUGGCCCUGUGUCUGUCGCUUCUGGACGACCAGCAUGUACACUUCUGGCUACGCAAGGCCGACAAGAUCAGCAACAAUGACUCCAAGUUGCAGUCGUGGCUGUGUUACCUGCUGGAGCUGGCAGUCUGGGCUCUCAUGAUCUUUGGAUCAAUUGUAUGCUUUGACCUGAAGCUGGAUACAACGAAGACGAGCAUCUCCUCCAGGACAGCAUUCACAUUCCACCAGUUUAACCAGUUUCUGAAGACAGUCACUAUCCCCUCUAUCUGGAUUGGUGUCCUCUCUCUCACCUGGGAGAUGGUCACAGCCAUGUUCAGGUGUGCAUGUGUCUCCGGUUUCCUGAAGAGGUUUUGGGGAACUCUGCAGUGGACUGUGUUUGCUGCUGCCACCGUUGCUAUGUUCACUAUAAGUCUGGUGCCAUUCAGCUAUAUAGAGUUUGACUCUCAUGCCAGGUUGUGGCCGGGAGUGCGUCAGGCCUAUGAUAUGGUGGAUCGCUACCAACUGGUCAACUCAUACGGCCUGUUCAGAAGGAUGACCGGGGUCAGUGGGCGGCCAGAGGUUGUCAUCGAGGGAAGCAACGAUGGAGUCUCGUGGACGGAGAUUGAGUUUAUGUAUAAGCCAGGCAACCUAAGUGCAGCACCUGCUGUGCUGACACCCCACCAGCCCAGGUUGGACUGGCAAAUGUGGUUUGCUGCCCUCGGGGAUCAAACACAGGCUCCAUGGUUCACCAGCCUCAUAUACAGCCUGCUGCAGGGCAAAAGAGAUGUGAUAGAGUUGAUCCAGACCGAUGUAUCACAGUAUCCGUUCUACCAGCAGCCUCCCACCUACCUCCGUGCCCACCGCUACAGAUACUGGUUUACUGAACCGAAGGCUGACGGUUCCUACCCAAAGCGUUGGUGGAGGAGGGUCUAUGAUGAGGAAUUUUAUCCCAAAGUGCACCUGGGCAGCACUUUCCUGGAGAGCAUGCUCAAUCAGCAUGGACUCAAGGACAAAUCACCUCCACGUCGUAUGCCCAACACCACUGUUGCCCAGGCGGUGAGGUGGGUGCGCUCUCAGGUCAGAGGUGUUCCUACCCACAUACUUAUCUGGACUCUCAUUGCCUCCAGCGUCACCCUCUGUCUGCUCCAGGGAUUGCAAAACAGGAAUAAACACACAGAAAGGACCCCACUCACUUAUAUGGCCGCUGGGAACGAUCACACAGAUAAUGUACCUGACGAUUCUUCAGACCAUUGUGGGAAGUCAGAUGAACAGCAGGCAGCGAAGGGGGAGGAGGAGGAGAAGAAAGAAGAUGGACAGGACAGUGAAGAUGAGGUGGAGGAGGGUGGAGGAGAGGAGAAAGAAGAUACUGUUGACGACGAAGAGGACUAGGUAAAAGAGGAGGAGGAAGACAGGAAUGAUGAGAAGUUUUGAAAGAGAUGAAGGUAAUCCCGUUACAGACUGUUAUCACCACCUGCCUUUAUAUAAUGUCACCAAAAUGACCAAAGAAGUUGUUCUGUGCAUAGUUGUAAUUUUGGAUCAGCCAAUUAUUAUAACUUUAUUUGCCUUCUCCCAUCCACACCUCACCGCAGUAUAUAUUUCAUAAAUCAGUUGUCUACAUCAGAAACCA